CCACUUCGCGGCCCUGGCCCUGCCCAGGAUCGAGGCCCACGUAGCCAUUCCUCCUCCGGGACAGGCCCACAGGGAACUGGUGGCCCGUGAGAACCAGGGCUCUAGAGCCCGAGCAGGUGGGCAGUCAGGGCCUCUCUGUGCCCACGUUGCAGGCGGGGCCGACAAGCAGCAAAUGGACGCUGAGCUGAGGAAGGAGAUGAUGGCCAUCUGGCCCAACCUGUCCCAGAAGACGCUCGACCUGCUGGUCACCCCUCAUAAGUCCACAGACCUGACCGUGGGGAAGAUCUACGCGGCCAUGAUGAUUAUGGAAUACUACCGGCAGAGCAAGGCCAAGAAGCUGCAGGCCCUGCGUGAGGAGCAGAAUCGGACACCACUCAUGUUCCAGCGCAUGGAGCCCCCGUCCCCAACCCAGGAGGGGGGCCCUGGCCAAAACGCCCUCCCGUCCUCCCAGCUGGACCCAGGAGGAGGCCUGUUGGCUCACGAAAGCGGCAUGAAGGAGAGCCCGUCCUGGGUGACCCAGCGGGCCCAGGAGAUGUUCCAGAAGACCGGAACGUGGAGCCCAGAGCGGGGGCCUCCCACCGACAUGCCCAACAGCCAGCCCAACUCCCAGUCUGUGGAGAUGCGAGAGAUGGGCAGAGACGGCUACUCAGACAGCGAGCACUACGUCCCCAUGGAAGGCCAGGCGCGGGCGGCCUCCAUGCCCCGCCUCCCCGCGGAGAACCAGACCAUCUCAGACACCAGCCCCAUGAAGCGCUCAGCCUCCGUGCUGGGCCCCAAGGCCCGGCGCCUGGACGAUUACUCCCUGGAGAGGGUGCCGCCUGAAGACACCCAGCACCACCACCAGCGGCGCCGAGACCGCGGCCACCGAGCCUCUGAGCGCUCCCUGGGCCGCUACACGGACGUGGACACAGGCUUGGGGACCGACCUGAGCAUGACCACCCAGUCCGGGGACCUGCCGUCUAAGGAGCGGGACCAGGAGCGGGGCCGGCCCAAGGACCGGAAGCACCGGCAACACCAUCACCACCACCACCACCACCACCCCCCACCCUCGGACAAGGAACGCUACGCCCAGGAGCGGCCUGACCAUGGCCGGGCCCGGGCCCGGGACCAGCGCUGGUCCCGCUCGCCCAGCGAGGGCCGUGAACACAUGGCACACCGGCAGGUGGGUGUGGCACCGGGCACCCCUGAUCCGAGCCCCCAGGGGGACAGCUCGGGGGUGCGGGACAGGGAAGGGG